AUGUCGUUCAUUGGAAGCAUCGACCCGAAUUCAGACGCCGUCUCGUGUAAACAUGGUCCCAGCGAAUGCCUGGGCAAUAUCAUACUCCUGUGCGCCGCCAAAGAAUACCCGGAUGUCAAGAUGUGGCUUGGCUUCGCCAACUGCAUGAUUUCGGAUUAUCCUCAUAUACCCGAGCGAGAUCUGGUUGAGAGUUGCUCCAUGGAGCAUGGCAUCGAUUUCUCCAAGCUCAAUUCUUGCAUCAGUGAUGAAGGCGAGGGUAUCGGGUUGCUUCGAUCGAGUAUGGUGAGGAGUCAAGAAAACAAUGUAACCAAGAGCUGCACCGUGAGGCUUGCUGAUGAGGUACGGUGCAUUCGUGACGGAGGGAAAUGGUAUGAUUGCCCUGGUGGCAGCUCGGUGCAGGAGCUUGUCGGCGAUGUCAACGAGUUGUAUGAUGAAAGAAACAGCUGGGUCAUCGUUCGCUAA